AGUGCUCUUCCUCCUCUUCCGCUGCGGAAAGAUGCUUCUCGCCGGGGGAUGGUGGCUGCUGUUGCUGCUGUGCAGUUUGUUGCCGGGUCCCGCGGAGGCCCCGGAGCCGGCGGAGCGGAGCCGACCUUACGCGGUGCUGCGCGGGCAGAACCUGGUGCUGAUGGGGACCGUCCUCAGCAUCCUGCUGGUGACCAUGAUCCUCAUGGCGUUCUGUGUCUACAAGCCCCUUCGGCGCCGGUGACAGCCGAGCCGAGCAAGUGAGCACCUUCUUCCGGGAGGAUUUGGGGGCCACCGGUCAGUGGAAAAGUUGGACUUUGCCACUUGGGAGUGACCUUUGAUCUUGGACCAUAAAUGCGGAGUCACGUUAUUUUGUCCUGACACUGUAACCUGGGCAUUCUCGGCCACGCACCUGCGUGUUCAGGUCAGAUCUGAAGCUCUGGGGGGCCGGGGGCAAGGCGGAGGGCCACUGCAGAGCAAAGACAAGGUAACCGGUGAGUCCCCAGCCAUGCUGGGGGCCAAGACUAAUCACUGCUGUGUGGGAGUGUUACCAAGAGGCAGGCUAACCGUCUGCUCAGUCUCAGGUCUGUAACCACUGGGCUCGUCUAGACUGGUCACGAAGCGUUUGUACUGGGUUGAUCUGGAAUGCCCUGCACCCCCACUCCCCGGGAGGGCACGACCACGCCAGUUCUGCCUGCCACCCCCAGCACCCCGGGGCUGGUGGCAGCUUUGCAGAUUUGGAAUCUGAGGCUCAGUGGGCGCUGUGCUUCCCGGGCUGGAGGGACCCGCGGAACCAGGGGUGUGCUCACUGUGGGAGGCAGUGAAGGGCCAUCACUCAGUCAGCUCCACUGGGGGACACCGUUGUCCCCUCGUCUGUGCUGUUGGUGAACCGGAUUCCCCGCCAAGUGGCCCUUACGAAGUUGUUAUCAGUAUUUAUUUGAUUGUAAAGGUGCUGGGUUUACUGUUACUAAAAUUGAAAUGCUUGUUGGGGGCUUCAUUCAAGCUGCUUUUUUUUUUUCUUUUUUCUUUUUCCUGGUGACAAGCUCCACUCAAUGCGAAACAGUUGACUAACUGCUGUAAGUGACUUGUGACGUUAGAAUGUACAGUCUUGUGUUUCUAAGCGUCAUGUCAAUUAAAAUUAAAUCCUCCA